AUGCACUCUGGCACAAUAGCACUGACCUUGGGCACGCAGCUGCGUGGACGUUGCCGCCAAUUUAUGCUCAUAGUGUUAUUGUUUUGUCAUGGUGUACUGUCUAGGUGUAGUGAUCACAACUGUAUUAACGGUGUAUGUAACAAUGAUACCUGCGUGUGCUACGAGGGCUGGCAGGGCUCCCAGUGUCAACACUGCGGCGGGAAGAUUAAAUUAACAGAGACAUCCGGUAUUAUAACCGAUGGUCCCGGUAAUUAUAGCGUUAGUACACAAUGUUCAUGGUUGAUAACGCCUCCACGAGUUGGACCUACGUUACCCACGGUGAGAGUGAGACUUGAAAGUUUUGCUACGGAGUGUGGAUGGGAUCAUUUGUAUAUCUAUGACGGUGAUAGUGUACGUGCUGAGAAGCUAUUGGCUGUGUUUAGUGGGGUUUUAGACAAAAACGAAUCAAAUUGGACUCGUCAAGUUAUAGCCCGUUCAGGUAGUGUGUUAUUGCAUUUCUUCUCUGACGAUGCUUACGCUAUGGAAGGAUUUAAUCUCACCUACGAUGCAUACUCCUGCCCGUCAAACGACCAUAGGACAAACUGCUCCGAUCACGGUGAGUGUGAAGAAGGAUCGUGUCGGUGUGAUGAUGAUUGGCUCGGGGUAGCGUGUGAUCAUCCUUUAUGUCCGAACGAUUGUAACGCUAUGUACGGAGCGGGUUCGUGCACAUCGUCUGGCUGCGUGUGCACGCCGUCCAAGACUGGCGCGGAUUGCAGCCGGGACGCGUUUAUAUCCGGCUGGGAGUGGGCAUGGCGCGAGGAGGGGGAGGGGGGUGAACGCCCACGGAACAUGCCGCCGCCGACAGCCGGCCACGUGCUCGUCAACUAUGGAGAUGAUAUUAUAAUGGUGGGAGGGGAAAUGUUUCAAGAUGCAGCGUUUAUGUACAGAUAUAAACCGAGCCUUAAGGAAUGGAAAGUAGUAGAGGCGCGCGGUAAGGCGCCGCAAAUGAGGUUCGCUCACACAGCCAUAGUGUACGGAGAGGAGAUUAUUGUCUAUGGAGGGGUUGUAGUGAACGACGAACUAGAAAGGAGCGGGGGUUUAGCCGGCGUGGAGGGUCGCGCUGCGUCUGUCAGUAACGAAAUAUGGACGGGGCGAAUUUCGGGGGUCUUCGUACACUGGACUAACGACACCCCGCGGACAUGCUCGCCGCACCACCCGGCGCCCUUCGACCACUGUGGCGGUCUCCAUCUAUCAGGUCACACAUCAGUAUUGGUUCACAUCGGCCCCACUUCCAAACCAGUCAUGUUGGUGUUCUUCGGUCACUCACCACACUAUGGAUACCUGCAUCUAGUACAGGAGUAUUAUAUAGAGGAGAAAGCAUGGGGUGUAGCGCAGACGCGUGGCUGGCCUGCCAGGGGAGGGUUUGCUCACACUGCAGUGUGGGAUGCACUCUCUGCGAGGGUGUAUGUACACGCGGGACUUGUAUCAGAAUCGGAAGCUACUCAGGCGCCGUCCGCGGCCUUGUAUGAGUAUGAAGUUGAGGCUCGUAUUUGGCGCCCUCUACCGUCAGCACCCACACCAAGAUACUUACACACCGCUAUAUUUAUAUCGCCAGGUAUAAUGUUAGUGUUCGGAGGUAACGCCCACAACGAUAGUGCUGCCGCCUCGCUAACGGCGCCGGGCGCGUCUCAAUGCUACGCAUCACACGCGCUGCUCUACUACACACGAUGUCGUAAGUGGAUGUCAGCGGGCGGCAUGGUGGGCUCCCCCCGCGCGGGUCACGCGGCUGCUCUUUUGCCCGCCAAGAGACCAUCCGUUAUUAUACAUGGCGGUUUCGACGGCCGUCUUCGUUCGGACGCGCUAGUUUUCGAGUCUGGUAUGCGUUGUUCGUGGUAUAAAGACGAAAUAUCUUGUAUGAACAGCGCAAAGCACGGCGUGGCUUGUUUGUGGAGACUUAGAGACACGUUGUGUGUAGGGAUAAAGGAAGUAGGUUGGAAGGAUUCUUUCACGGAUGGCGUGAAAGCCUGCAUAGACGAACCCGCUGUCGACGAGUCUCGUUGUUCCGUGUCGUCGUGUGAAUCGUGUACAGCGCUAGGCUGUGCGUGGUGCGGCUCGUGCAUGCCGUCUGCCUAUCACUGCCGACGAGCCAGAUCGGCGCACGGACCGGUGACCCUGUCAGUAUCGGAGUGUCCCCCAAGCGGUGCGUCUUGUUCCCGCUACCACUCGUGCGCGGCGUGUCAUGCGCACCUACACAGACAUCCCCAUGGCUCAGAAGAUUUAAAUCAACGAGCGUGUUACUGGGACUACGAUACAGUGAAGUGUCGACCGUCCAACACGUCCACGGAUAUAAGAGGCUCGCCCAGUGUGUCAGGGUCGUGUAGCGCCGCGUGCUCGUCGUAUACUACGUGCGGUAACUGUACCGCUGAGGAGUGUAUCUGGUGCGCCUCCGCGGGGAGGUGUGUGGAUAAGAAUGCAUACGGAGCAUCGUUUCCAUUGGGCGGGUGUCGCGCGUGGUCCACCAGUGGCUGUGGGGGUGUGGGGGUCUCUGGAGGUGUUCCGGGGGGUGGCUGCUCGUCUCACGUGUCGUGUCGCUCGUGUCUGUCGGAGCCCGCGUGUGGCUGGUGUGACGACGGCGCGGGAGGGGGGAGGGGUAUAUGUCUUCCGGGAGGGGACCGACAUCCGCAUCACCCGCAUAUAUGUCCUAGAAGACGGUGGCACUUCACGUCGUGUCCGUCGUGUCAAUGUAACGGUCACUCGGUGUGCGACUCUAUGUCCCGCUGCGUGCAGCCGUGCGGCUCGCGGGCGGUGGGCCCUCAUUGUGAUACGUGUGCGCCCGCACAUUGGGGCACGCCGCUGAAUGGAGGGGUUUGCACGCCGUGCGAGUGUAACGCCCAGGCGGUGUCUUGCGCGGCGGACACGGGCCGCUGUUACUGCAGCACCAAAGGCCUGGCGGGUGAUCGAUGCGACAAGUGCGACAACACCAACCACUACCACGCCGACCUAUAUAACAAGGGGUGCUACUAUGACCUAGCCGUAGACUAUCAGUUCACAUUCAACCUAUCAAAGAAGGAGGAUCGUCACUUAUCCGCCAUUAACUUCCGGAACGCGCCCGUCAAACCGGAUGUAGACGCUGAUUUCAGUAUAACCUGUUCCGCCCACGCCAGAAUGAAUCUCACAGUCAGGACGAAAUCUGACCCUGAAAGGACAUUGUUCAGUGAUGUUAAUUGCACUAAUUUUAGAUACAAGCCGUUUGUUCUCAGGUUCGCCAAGUCCGAUCAUUCGUUCGGCGUAGAGGACAACGUAACGUUAACUACGUUCUUCGUUUACGUGUACGAUUUCCGCCCGCCUCUAUGGAUACAGAUAUCAUUCUCUCAGUAUCCUAAACUUAACUUGCAGCAGUUCUUUAUUACGUUCUCAUCGUGCUUUUUGAUGCUGCUCUUGGUGGCUGCGGCAUUGUGGAAAAUGAAACAGAAGUACGAUUUGUACCGGCGCCGGCAGAGACUGUUCGUUGAGAUGGAACAGAUGGCCUCACGACCGUUCAGUACUGUGAGCAUAGAACUGGAGAGGGGAGGGGGCGAGGGCGGAGUCCCCGCCCCAGUAGCCCUAGAGCCUUGUCGUUGGGGGCGGGCGGCGGUGCUGUCUCUGGUAGUUCGUCUGCCGCAGGGCGGGGCGGGCCGCGCGCCUCCACAAGGCGGACUGGCGCUGGCCUCCGCGCUUGUCACGCUCGGACACGCUCACCAUCACGACAGUAGUGACGAACAAACAUAUUGUACUUUGAGAUACCGAAGGCUCUGUAUGGGGAAGGGAAGACACGUUGCUUGUCAAUUCCCUUUGGCAUGGGACAAAGAGCUAGCCUAUCUAGCCCAAAGGCUGGCAGAUCAAUGUAACUUUGUUCAUGAUGAUUGUCGAGCUACAGUUCGUUAUCCAUAUGCUGGUCAGAGUGUGGGUGAAGUACAUUGGAGAGGUACAGAGGAGCUCAGUGUCCAACGAGCUAUGAGACGUGUGUUGGACGCUUGGUGGGGCGAGAGGCGAAGAGUACUGCCAGAACAGCUCAUUACACCCUUCAGACUUAGCAACAAAGGCAGUGUUUGGGGUCACUUCAGUCAACUAGCGGUCUGGUCUUUGAGAGCCGUCGGUUGUGGCGCCGUUAUACACGGAUGGGAGUACACUCGCUUGCUGUUAGUCUGUGACUUCUCUCACACUAACAUGUUAGGACAGAAGACAAUAUCCCCGGGACCACUUGCCGCGUGUCCGAUUCAUACAGUGAGGAAACAACGAAGUCCUUACCCUUUGUUGUGUGCUCCUAUCAAGAGAUCUUUAGACACGGAAAAUGAAGAAACCGAGCUUUACAAUGAUUAUCAGAACGAACCAGAGAAUGAGGAGGUACAGGACACAAUCACGGAAAUAACUACACGAUAUUAUAUUAAAACAUAUAAAUAUGACGAAACAACCAAAAAGCGUAAUACGCUUUCAAUACCAAGAAGAUAUACAUGGUUAAAACAUUCAGAAGUAAGUGACCAGAAAACAUCUGAAUCACUGAAACAGAAGUUUGAAAGAAUGAAAAUGAGGAAUAGUAUAAGGACGAGUAUGAAUUGGAGGAAGUAUAACCGAUGGGAGUUAUGGCCGACACAUGCAGACAUGAGGGAAGAUCAAGAAAAUAAAGGGGAAGCGAAGCUGUUCGGGGCUCACAAAAAAUUUAACGAACAUCCAGAUGACUUUAUAAUCUCCGAGUAUUCUAGAAGAAUCAGUACAGAGGCUGGACACCAGUUACCUCGAGUAAUAUAA